AUGGAGCGCUACACGGUGAUGGGCCAGCUGGGCGACGGCUCCUUUGGAACGGUGAGUAAAGCUCAAAACACGAGCACCGGCGAAAUUGUAGCGGUGAAGAAGAUGAAGCAGCGCUUCCACAGCUGGGAGGAGUGUCUGCAGUUGCGCGAGAUUCAGUCGCUGCGCAAGGUGCAGCACCCCAACCUGGUGAAGCUGAAGGAAGUGGUGCGCGAGAAGACAGAGCUCUUCAUGAUUUUCGAGUACUGUGAAAAGAACAUCUUUCAAAUUCAGCGUCAGCGUGCCAAUGAAAUGAGCGGCCCAAUGGCCUUUAGUGACAAAGAGAUCCGCAGUAUCAUGUGCCAGACGUUGCUCGGGGUGCAGGCGAUCCACAAGGCUGGCUUUAUGCACCGUGACCUGAAGCCAGAGAACUUGCUCAUCUCGGGCGACUUGGUGAAGGUCGCCGACUUUGGCCUCGCGAAGGAGAUUCGCUCCCGCCCACCGUUCACGGAAUACGUGUCGACACGGUGGUACCGCGCACCGGAGCUUGUGCUGCACUCGACGCACUACAACUCCCCCGUCGACAUCUGGGCGUGCGCGGUGAUCUUUGCUGAGCUCUACCUGUGCCGUCCCCUCUUUCCGGGUACUUCAGAGAGCGACCAGCUCUUUAAAAUUUGCUCCGUGCUCGGCUCCCCGGCCCCCAAUGAGUGGGACGAGGGGUACCAGCUAGCGCGCCGCAUGAACAUGCGCUUUCCAACUGUUGCGCCAACGCCGCUGCGCCACAUCCUCACCACGGCACCGCCGGCGGCCGUGGACCUUAUGGCGCAGAUGCUGCGUUUCAACCCAGCGGAGCGACCCACGGCAACGCAGUGCCUGCAGCACCCGUAUUUCACCGGCAGUGGGGGCAGCUCUGCGCUGUACGCUGGCAUCGCCACCGGCCAGCCGCACAACCCGUUUCAAAUGGCCGCCAGCGGCGCGAUUGCUGCGCAGUCGAUGCCAAAUGUGGGCUUGACCAGCAACAGUAGCCCGCCACCAACCACGUCGAACGCGUCCCUCUUCAAGUACGCUAAUCUCUUCAACCAGGGGAAUCGCAGCCCGCUCUCCGUUAGCAGCACCUCUGCCCCAUUUUCGGGCAGCAGUGCUCUCCAGGGAGGCGUGACUAGCAGCAACAUGGUCCGCUCUGUACCAACGCAGCGCAAGACCUCCGUCCCCAAUGCAGCGGACAGCGACGACGAGUUCAACUUCUGA